AUGCUGCAUCUCUGGGCGGAAAUCAAGAAGCAGCUACGCGACGUAAAAAACCCGCUGUAUACGGGUUUGGUCGGAACUGACCAGUGGGGAGAAACAGCACAUCUCAUAAUGAGAACCAUGAAUGUCCGAGACGAGCAAUGUCUUCGGAUCAUGGCCAGCAUGAUAAAAGACUCCAGGGCUUCGUUGAACGACUUUGCCUAUUGGGAAGAUAUGGGCAGGACGGCUGAUAUGCCAAACAGAGGUUCUGGGGACGAACGGAAUGGCGUGCUAUGUUCGGUCAUGUGA